AUGAAUGUUCCAUCUUUCCCUCGCCACUUGCACUUUUCCACUACACCCACAUCAUGUUCUCCUCCUCCGUAUGUUUCUUCUUCUGUCUCCGCCGACUUGGCUCGCAUGAUGAUACCGUCCGAUGCCAACAUUGCUGGCAAUGUCCAUGGUGGGACCAUUAUGAAGCUCAUGGAAGAAGCCGCCGGAGUGGCUGCCAAUCGAUACUUUAAUAAUCAUUUGUCUCCCCGAACAACGGAUCGUGUCUGCGCCUUGACCUCUCGCGUCGAACGCAUGACCUUUCAACAUCCCGUUCAUGUGGGAGAUGUCGCCAAGGUCCAUGCGGCGGUGGUCUUUGCGUCGAAUCAUACCGUGGCGGUCUCGGUGCAAGUCACAGCCGAACGCAUGGCCUGGUCGACGGCUACGACAAGCAGUAGCAGUCAGAACAUGGGUGGCGAUCCCCGACAAGCCGACACCAUUUGCAACCGAGCAUUGCUUUGGUUGGUGGGAGUGGUGUUACCGUUGGAUGACACGACGACCGUGCACCAGCUUAAUCCAAAACUAUAUCCCCGUGCCUUGGCGCCAUCCUUUCAGGUUCCAGAGCAAAAUACGGAGGGAUACAAGGCGUACCAGUGGGCCGCCCAGGCAUACAAGAGGAGAAAGAAAACAAUGGUGAUGAUCGCAGAGGGAGAAAUAGAGAAAUCAGGCACAAAGGGAAAUGCCAACCAAGUGGUUGCGGCCGAAAGUAUAAUCAACGACGACAACGACGCGCUUGAUUCUUUCACUCCCGACGACAGCGCCGUGGAACUGGUCCAGCUCAUGUUGCCGGAAGACUGCACCACCAACACUGGAUUGGUCGGAGGUGGCGUCGUCAUGAAACUCAUGGACAAUGCCUGUGGUGUAGCGGCGGCCCGUCACUGUGGAACCAACAUUGUCACCGUGGCGGUGGAUUGCGUCAAUUUGGAGGCACCCGUCUUGCUGGGGGACGUCAUCAAGGUCAAGGCACGGCCGACAUUUGCCUCGGACAAGUCGUUGGAACUCGAGGUCUCGGUGGCGGCAGAACGAUUCGAGUAUGAUGACGAACAGGGUCGGUUGGUGCGACGCGAGAUUGUCACGACGCGCCAAGCCUAUUUCACCUUUGUGAGUUUGCCACGGCAUGGGGGACAAGCCUCUCUUCCCAUGCGACCAUUAAAGGUCGAGACUAGCGAGGAUAUGACCAAGUUUGCCGCGGGAAAGAGACGCUACGAACAACGCAAGGCACGGCGACAAGAGCGAAAAGGGAAAUCGUCCUGGUCCGAAUUAGACAAGCUUUAG